AUGGGAUGGAGAGUAGAACUACGUUUACCYUUYYRUAAGGCAAUGGGUAGAUCAAGUCCUGAGGGUUCAGCAACAGGAGCAACGACAGGAUCCACGGACAAGACACAUCCAUCACAGACUUGCUUCAUGUCAUCAGUUGAUCUUCACACUCAUUACUCAUAUCAGGAAGUGGUAUUCUAUGAGGAUGGUGAACCUAUAAUACAUGGAGAAGCUGGAGAUCUGAAGUCAAGGGAGAAAUGGGGGGGGGGGAGUUCUCAGGCUACGUGGACUCCUGAAUUGCAUAAAACUUGGGUGGAUGUAUGCUUGCAACAAGUCAUUGCCGGCCAUCAAACCAAUACCACAUUGGAUAGACAAGGAUGGGCAAAUGUGAUUCAGGAUUUUAAUAGGAUAACGGGGAAAAACUACACCCCAAAACAAAUGAAGAAUCACUGGGAUGUAAUAAAGAAUGAGUGGAAGAUAUUUCAUAAACUGUCAACAUUUACCACAUUCCCUGAUGCGGCUCAAUUUAGAUACAAGGGUCUUUCCCAUGCGGCAGAUUUGGACAUCAUAUUUGGUGGCAUAGUUGCCCACCGCUACGAUAGUUGGGCACCAAAUGAGGGUACACUACCAGAGGUGGUGCCCUUAACCCAACUAGAUGGAGGAUCAAUUGAUGCUGGAAGGGUCCCAACAAGCACUCACUCAUAUAGAGCUGUUAGCAGAGAUGACAAGAGACUAAGUUCUAUGGAACAAUGCUUUAACCUCCUAAAAGAGAUCCCUGAGAUUGAGGAGGGGAGUCCUUUAUUCAUGUUUGCUAGUCUCCAGUUCAUGAAGGGUGAAUUCCGUGACUUGUUUAUUGCAAUCGGGUUUCCUGCCUUACGAUUGAAGAUGGUUCAAGAAUUGUAUGAGCGUUCCAAUAGUGUGUGAAACUUGUUUGCAUCAAUUUGUGUUUAAGUUUAUGUUUGUCACAUAGACUGGAGAACUUGAGUACUCUUCAUUUAGUAUUUCGUAGGAUUAUUAUCGUUGGACUUGAUUUAUAUUUUAAUGUUAAUUAAAUGUGUUUUUUAUAUUUUCUGCAUUUAUGUCUUCAUUCAUUGAUUAUUAAUUUUGUUUGUCUUUACAAUGGGGUGAUGGAUACUGAUGAUGAGCUUGAGUGCAUUGUGAAUGUUGUCUCUAUGUUGAGUGAGUUUUUUUAUGAUACUUGGGUUCACAAAGAACCCAAACACACCAUGGACUGUACAGGAGUAGUGUAAACAAGGUCUUUCCUUGAAGGGCACGAUGACCGAUUGUAGGAACUUUGUCAAAUGGACAAAUAUGUAUUUAUACGAUUGUGCAAUACUCUGAAAGAGCCGACCUCAUUGUAAACAGUCGAGAUAUUUCAGUGGAGGAACAACUAGCUAUUUUCCUUCAUAUUGUUGGACAUAAUGAGAGGAGUUGGAUGAUGCAAGAGCGGUUCCAACAUUCUGGCGAGACAAUUAGUCGCUUUUUCAAUUACAUGCUGAUGGCAAUAGUCAAGCUCUCAUUGUCAAUAAUAUGCCCUCCCAACUUUGACAUUGUUCCUCCAUACAUCCGCUAGAAUCCAAAAUAUUGGCCAUAUUUCAAGAAUUGCAUAGGAGCUAUUGAUGGGACACACAUAUCAGCAUGAGUCCCUACUGACAAGCAAACAUCGUACCAGCAUAAAAAAGGGCUUUGCACACAAAAUGUAAUUGCUGCAUGUGAUUUCAACAUGCGGUUUACAUUUGUUCUUACUGGAUGGGAGGGAACCGCACAUGACUAUUGCAUAUUUGCUGAAGUUGUGCGUAAUCCAAAAUAUAAUUUCCCGCAUCCACCACGAGGUAAGUAUUAUGUUGUUGAUUUUGUGUACCCCAACACUGCUGGCUACAUGGCACCGUACCGUAAUACACGGUACUACUUGUCUGAUUUUCAAAGGGGAGGACAACCUACAACAAAAGAAGAGUACUUCAAUAAUGCCCAUGCUUCUUUGAGUAGUGUCAUCGAGCGAAGUUUUGGUGUGUUAAAGGCUCGAUUCCCUAUUUUGAAGUGUAUGCCAUGCUAUCCAUUAAAGACACAACAGUUGAUAGUUGUGGCUUGCAUGGCAAUACACAACUUCAUUCGGGACAACCAGGAUAGAGACACCCUAUUUAAUGAGUUUGAGAAUGAUGAAGAGAUUGAAAUUCAACAUCCGUCUGAAACAAAUGGUGAAGGUUUCGAUGAGGUUGCUAUUGACAAUGUGGUUCAACAACAAGAAAUGUUGUUGUUUAGGCAACAACUUGCAGAUGCAAUAUAUGCUGACCAAACUCGGCCACCAUUGAGGAAGCAUAGGUCAACAUAACCAAUGUUGGUGGUUUUGGUGUUUGUUUUUCUCUGGAUUUGAUAAACAUAAUGCAUCAAAUGUGGAUAUAUUUGACUUUAUUGUAUAUUGGAACUUUAUGUUUUUGAUACUUUAUGUUAAUCUAGUAGUUGAUAGUAUAUAUUCUCUCAA